AUGGCAGCUCCGAAUCAGUAUGCAUAUCGAACGCAGAAGGGAAUUUCAAUCGUGGAUGCGGCUCCAGUCUAUGAGUCCUUACCCGGGUUUACGAGGCCGGAUGGUAACUUGCGCUGCUGCACAUACUCCCCGUGUGGCCGAUAUUUUGCCUGGGCGGCUCCAGAACGCGUCGUAAUCGUCGACCCUUCUGUUGGCCAUGUCAUUGCCACGCUCCCCUCCGACAAUGUCUAUGAAUUGGGCUUUUCGCCCCUUGGAACAUAUAUUAUUACAUGGCAACGACCUUCGAAGGACGAGAACGGCGAUGCCGUCAAAAAUUUGAAGGUUUGGAGGGUUAUUGAAAGCUACCACGAUGAUGAGGUGAACGAGCAAGAACACUCUUUCGUCGGAAGCUACGUGCAGAAAUCCCAGACUGGUUGGAAUCUUCAAUAUACGGCUGAUGAGAAGUAUUGCGCCCGAGUCGUCACCAACGAGGUUCAAUUCUAUGAAAGCGGAAACUUAGGGAAGGUGUGGAACAAGCUAAGGGUGGAAGGAGUAGCGGAUUUUGCUCUUUCUCCGGGAGACAGCAACUCAAUUGCGGUUUUCAUUCCAGAGCGAAAGGGACUACCAGCAUCCGUGAGGAUCUUUAACGUACCACAAUUCGAUACACCUGUCUCACAGAAGAAUUUUUUCAAAGGUGAUAAGGUUCAAUUGAAGUGGAACAACACUGGAACGACCCUCAUCGUUCUUGCACAAACGGAUGUCGACAAAACUGGUAAAAGCUACUACGGGGAAACUACUCUUUAUCUCUUGAGUGCUAACGGCGGAUUCGAUUCAAGAAUCGAUCUUGAUAAGGAAGGACCAAUUCAUGAUGUGACCUGGUCCCCGAACUCGAAAGAAUUCGGUGUUGUUUAUGGAUACAUGCCUGCAAAAACGACCAUUUUCAAUAAUCGUGCCGUCGCAACACACUCAUUUGCCCUCGCGCCUCGCAACACCAUUAUCUUCUCGCCCAAUGGACGAUUCGUAAUUGUGGCGGGCUUCGGUAAUCUUGCUGGGCAAUUGGACAUUUAUGAUCUAGACAGGGAUUAUACGAAGGUAGCUACGAUCGAGGCAUCCAAUGCCAGCGUGUGCGAGUGGAGUCCCGAUGGCAAAUUCAUUUUGACUGCCACCACGAGUCCCAGACUCCGGGUUGAUAAUGGAGUACGCAUUUGGCAUGUCGGAGGUGGGCUCAUGUACAACGAGGAUUUGACUGAGCUGUACCAAGUCUGCUGGAGACCACAAUCUACAACUGUUCACCCUCCAGACAAUCCAUUCCAUCCAAUGCCCAGCCCUCACCCUUCUGCGCUAGAAUACCUAGCUACGAAGAAAGCGCCUUCGAAGCCAGCAGGGGCUUAUCGACCUCCCGGUGCACGCGGUCAAACCACACCACUAGCGUUUAGACGAGAAGAUGAAGGAGGGGAGAAAUUCGUCAGGGAUGAAUCGUCAUCUUCUAUUCACGGUACCAGCUUAAAUGGAUUUGGUAAAAACAGGCGGCGCGUCGUCCCAGGCGCAGAGCCAGUUACGGAAUAUCUUCCGCCCGGCGCUGCUCCAGGAGGCGGGGUAACACUCCCUCCUGGAGCAGAAGGGGAUGAAAAACUCUCAAGAUCCGCGGCGAAAAACAAGAAGAAGCGUGAAGCAAAGAAAGCAAAAGAAAUGGCAGAAAAGGCUGGUAAUCUCGCGACCGAUGCUGGCAUUGACUCAACUAUUCCAACGGGUCCUAGCGCUGACCGCCGGGAACGAAGAGCUCACUCGCGCAGCCGAUCUCGGGGCAAUAAUGUUAACUCUCCAGCUCUUGAUCCCAACAGCUUCGGUCGUCAGAACCGCGACCGCAGCCGCAGCACCCACCACAGACAUCGCAGCGAUCAUCAAAACCGCACCAACGGUGGGCCUCCCACAGGCCAGAAUCGCCCCAGUGUUAACACCCGUACCUCGCAACCCAACGGUACGGCAGCCGCAGCAGCUGUACCAAGCCCAAAAAGUGAAUUUGGGCUGGCUGUUGGACAACAGCCAACAAGCACCAUCAACGCCAAAAUCGUGAAGCAGACAUGA